AACACCAGUGACAUUUAACAACUUAACCUCAUAAAGCACAUUUGAAAAUUUUUGUUGUACAAUCUGAAGAGAAUUAAUCAUUUAAUCUGUGAAAUUUGCAAAAAUGGUGAAAUCAAAGAAAGGCAAAAAAGAUGCUGUCGAUAAUGGGGAUAGUGACAUUGAUGUUCCUGUGACCCAAGAAUCGGACGAUGAAUCUCGGCAAAAGGAAAAACCGAAGAAAAAGGAUAAAAAGAAAGCAACCAAAUCCAGUGUCACUGACGAAGAAAUGGAUCUGGUUGAAAGCGGAGUUCAGGAGUUGCAAUUGGGAAAGAAGGAUAAGAAGAAUAAGAAGACCGCAGACGAAGACGCCGAUACGCCUAAAGUCACUAAAAGUAGCAAGAAAAAAGAAAAGAAAGGUGGCUUCGACUUGCUGAUGGCUGAUCUCAGUGAUGAUGAUGAUGACGAUGCUGCGGUACAGCAACCAGUGACAGACGAUGAUGAUGCAAUUGAUGUCAAACCGGUGAAAAAAGAUACGCAACAAAAAGGUGGAAAGAAAAGUAAGAAAGAGAAGAAGAAGAGGAACGACAGCGACGAGGAUAUUGAUAAAGUGUUGGCAGAAUUGGAAAGAGAAUAUGCCGGUGAGAAAUCUGUAGAACAGAAAGCUGCUGCAGUCGAUGUGAAGCGGAAAGAUUCUAAAGCCUCCGAUGGGGCUGACGGUGAAGCGGAAUCGCACGAUCAGGACGAUCAAAAUGCUGGCACGGUAAAAUCUGCAGCACAAAAGAAAAAGGAGAAAAAAGAACGUCAAAAACGGGAAGCUGCUUUGUUGAAGCAGCAACAAGACAAUAAGGUAGAUGAUGACAUCAGUGGAACUGAAGUUGCAGCUAAAAAGGAGUCGAAGCCGAAAAAGGUGAAAGAAGAAAAACCCGUAGAACAGGCAGAUGAUGACAAUAAUCAGGAGAAUGAAGGGGAAGGCGACAAAAAGGAUGAUAAGAAAAAGAAGAAAAAAGGAAAAUUAGACAAAAAGGAAGAAGACAAAGAAAAGGAUAAAACAAAGAAGAAAGGCGUUAGCUCUGCCAUGGUGGCAGCCAUGCAAGAAAGAUUGGCGAAAGUACGAGAAGAGGAAGAGCGUCUGAAGCGAGAAGAAGAGGAACGAAUUCGUCGCGAAGAAGAACUGGAAACUUUACGUCUGGAAAAUAUCCGCCUUGAAGCUGAACGAAAAGAGAAAAAGAAACAACGGGAACAGGAGCGAAAAGCUCGGCUCAAAGCCGAGGGUAAACUACUUACAGCCAAGCAAAAAUUAGACAAAGCUCGUGCCCAAGCUAUGUUAGAAAAUCUGCGCGCACAGGGUGUCGAUGUCCCGGAAGUAGGAGAAAAACGUCCGCGACCAGGUACAAGAAUUAGACCCAACAAGAAGAAGGAUACAUUGCAGCAUAGCGAAUCACAAGAAGAGCAAGUGAAGAGUGAAGUGGAGACUACUGCCGCUGAUGAUACCGUUGAAAUCGCUGAAAAGAAGGAAGAAGUUCCAGAGGUUGAAAAGAUUAAGGAUUCAUGGGAUGCGUCGAGCUCAUCUGAAGACGAAUCUGAAGAAACGAAAAAGGAACAAGAAACUGCGGCUAAAGCUGAAUCCGAAGAGGAAAGCGUCGAUGACGAAUCGGAGGAAGAGAGCGACGAAGAAGAUGAAGAUGAAUCUGAUAGUGAUGAGAAAUCAGAUGGUGAGGGUGACUCUAAAACCGAUGCUGAAGCUAAACGCGAAAAAGCUUGGGAACGAAUUCUGAAACGGCGACAUGCUGCCGAGCAAAAGCGAACUGUAGAUAAUCUACGAGCAGCUGUGGUGUGUGUCUUGGGACAUGUAGAUACUGGAAAGACAAAAAUUCUGGAUAAACUUCGUCGGACGAAUGUUCAAGACGGUGAAGCGGGUGGCAUUACACAACAAAUUGGUGCCACAAAUGUUCCCAUUGAUGCGAUCAAAGAACAAACUAGAAUUGUUAAAGGGUUCACCGACAUGGUAUUCCGGCUACCCGGUCUUCUGAUCAUCGACACACCUGGUCACGAGUCGUUCAGUAAUCUUAGAAGUCGGGGUUCAUCCCUGUGUGACAUUGCCAUUCUCGUUGUCGACAUUAUGCAUGGUCUUGAGCCGCAAACAAUCGAAUCGUUGAAUUUACUUAAAUCGAAAAAGACUCCGUUCGUUGUGGCAUUAAAUAAAAUCGAUCGAUUAUACGACUGGAAUACGCACAUUCGCAAGGACAUUCGUGACGUUCUAAACAAUCAAGCACCGAAUACUCAACUUGAAUUUCAGAAACGAACGAAAGAAACAAUUGUCCAGUUCGCCGAACAGGGACUCAACGCAGCUUUGUUCUAUGAAAAUCCAGAUCCAUCGGAUUAUAUCAGUCUCGUGCCAACCAGUGCCAUUACUGGGGAGGGAAUGGGCAACUUAUUGUAUUUGAUUGUGGAAAUGUGUCAAACAGUGCUGGCGAAACGACUGAUGUACAGCGAAGAGUUACUGGCCACCGUAUUGGAAGUGAAAGCUAUUCCUGGACUUGGAACGACAAUCGAUGCUAUUUUAAUUAAUGGCAAACUGAGGGAAGGUGAUACAGUGUGCGUUGCUGGCACAGAUGGACCAAUUGUCACCCAAAUAAGAUCGCUGCUCAUGCCACAGCCGAUGAAAGAGCUACGUGUUAAAAAUGCUUACAUUGAGUACAAAGAAAUUAUUGCAGCGCAAGGUGUCAAAAUUGCUGCUAAAGAAUUGGAAAAAGCCAUAGCCGGUUUGAAUUUGUAUGUUGCUCAAAAACCGGAUGAGGUGGAGUUGUGCAGAGAUGAGGUGGCCAAAGAGUUGAGAUCGGCCCUUAGUCACAUAAAGUUGAGUCAGGAAGGUGUAUAUGUUCAAGCAUCCACAUUAGGUUCUUUGGAAGCUUUGCUGGAGUUCUUACGAACGUCAAAAAUUCCGUAUUCCAACAUACGAAUCGGGCCUGUUGUGAAGCGUGAUGUUAUGAAGGCCUCAACAAUGUUAGUCCAUGAAUCGCAGUAUGCCACAAUUUUAGCAUUUGAUGUCAAAAUCGAACGAGACGCACAAGAUUUAGCUGAUUCAUUAGGUGUAAAGAUCUUCCAAGCUGACAUCAUUUAUCAUUUAUUCGAUCAAUUUACGGCAUAUAGAGAAGAAUUAAAGCGAAAAAAACGCGAAGAAUUUAAAAGUAUUGCUGUGUUUCCUUGCAAGCUUAAGAUCCUACCGAAGUUCAUCUUCAAUUCACGUGAUCCGAUUGUUAUGGGAGUGAUGGUCGAAGCUGGAAUUGUGAAGGAAGGAACGCCAAUUUGUGUGCCAAGCAAAGAAUUUCUCGAUAUUGGUAUAGUCACUUCCGUUGAAUGCAACCAUAAGCAUGUUGAUUCAGCAAGAAAAGGCCAGGAAGUUUGCAUAAAAAUAGAACCGAUACCAGGUGAAUCGCCGAAAAUGUAUGGUCGACAUUUCGAUGAAAACGAUAUGCUAACUAGUAAGAUUUCCCGGCAGAGUAUCGACGCUUGCAAGGAUUAUUUCCGUGACGAUUUGUUGAAGGCCGACUGGGCACUUAUGGUUGAGCUAAAGAAACUUUUCCAAAUUUUGUAGUUUUCUCCUUCUUUUAAUUGAAUAUUCAAUCACAUUUUCAUUUGAAACAAAACAAACAGAAAAUAUUGUGUCCUUUUCAAUAAUUUUUAUCAUUCUUCCAAGUAUCGACUGAACAGUAUCUGAAGCACUUGUGUACGCAAAAAAAAUUGUGAACUUGUUAACGUUAGUCGUUUCUAAACGCAAAGGUUAACCCUGCACAAUAAAAGUAUCAAUAAAGAAGGUGAUAAAAAACAUUGAUUUUAAAAUGA